AUCACCCUAAAAUAAGUCCGACCUCUCCUCCUUGGGUGAAGGUUCAUUGCGGUGACUCUUGAGUUAGCUGUCUACUACUGUGUAUUUAACCGUUUAAGCUACAAUGUCUGGCCGUGUUCUCGUUGGAGUUAAGCGUGUCAUUGACUACGCAGUGAAGAUUCGUGUGAAGCCAGACAACAGCAGCGUGGUGACGGAUGGCGUCAAGCACUCAAUGAACCCCUUCUGUGAGAUCGCUGUGGAGGAGGCGGUCAAGCUGAAGGAGAAGAAGCUUAUUAAGGAGGUGGUGGCUGUCAGCUGCGGGCCACAGCAAUCACAGGAGACCAUCCGUACUGCCCUUGCCAUGGGAGCAGACCGCGGCAUUCAUGUGGAAGUGACGGGGAAAGACUAUGAAACCCUGGGCCCCCUGCAGGUCUCCAAGAUCAUGGCUGCUUUGGCCAAGAAGGAGGAUGCUCAACUGGUCAUCCUUGGCAAACAGGCCAUCGAUGAUGACUGCAAUCAGACAGGCCAGAUGACAGCAGCCUUACUGGACUGGCCUCAGGGUACUUUUGCAUCAGAGGUGUCACUGGAUGGAGACAUGGUUAAAGUGGUGAGAGAGAUCGAUGGGGGGCUGGAAACUAUUAAGAUCAAAACACCUGCAGUGGUUACCGCAGACCUUCGACUCAACACCCCCCGAUACGCCACCCUGCCUAAUAUCAUGAAAGCCAAGAAGAAGAAGAUCGCUAACGUGAAGCCUGCAGAUUUAGGCGUGGACCUCACAUCACGGUUGGAGGUGUUGAGAGUGGAUGAGCCCCCACAGAGACAGGCGGGGGUGAAGGUGGAGACGGUGGACGACCUGGUGGGAAAACUGAAGGAGGCAGGGACGGUGUAGAGGUUUUAGGAGCGAAGGGAGGGAAGCACAGACCUUAGCAGAAGGGACUACUGAAUAACUCGACUGUAUUACCUGAGCACACCCGGAGGACGAGCUUACGUAUCGGUCUAAUCCCUCUGUUCGAGACUGUGACUCCUGAGGAUAUGCAGGGAGGUACCGACAGGAGGGGAGGAGUACUGAGAAACACCGUCCUGCAGCAGACCCAGACAACCCCGAAAAGGAUCAUCUCAUCUUUUAUGUGCAUUUUAGCUUACACUGCUGGAUCAUCUGCAUCACAGGCUUCUACUGGAGCCUUAGACAAGCAGAAUUUAUGCAAUAAUUCAAACCCAGAACCUUCCUGUCAUUCACGCAGCUCUUUGUAAGACACUGUUCAAUGCAGUUUACCAACAGCAGCUUGGCUCAACUCUUUAAUCUUGUACAUCUGUGGUCACACAUGUUAAGAGGUGCAGUUUUUGUAAAUGAUAUAUGUAAAUAUGGACCCAGACAUGUUGAGAUGAUUGUGUCCUUCAAGAUUAUUGUCAAGUCUACAGGUAAUUUGUAUAGUUUGUGUAAGUGUAUAACUGGGUUUCAGGGAGGGUGUCUCUCAGUAUGAGCAGGAGGAGAUGAUCAGAAAACUGAAUUUUACCGUAAGCGCCUCAAUUCUCUGUUGAUUGUACAGAAGCAUUACCAUGACAAUAAAGCAGACAGUCUUUUUCAUAUCUAAACACA